UAUAUAUAUAUAUAUAUGGGUAAAAAUAAAAAAAAAACCCUUCCUUUUUUGUUCCAUAGAGGGAAAAAGUAAAAACUUUCCAACAACGAAAGAGAAGAUCGAAGUGGGACUGUAGCUAAAAGAAUCGAGCUUUCUGUUAGAAGCAGAACAAACAUUGCUUAUUCUGAUUCUGAUUCUGCGACAAGGGAAAUUUAAAAAAAAAAAAAAAAUGUCGUCGCCGGACAUUGCGGGAAUUUUGGAGAACUCGAGGGAGCUCGAUCGGUUAAGGAAAGAGCAAGAGGAAGUGCUUUCGGAGAUCAAUAAGAUGCACAAGAAGCUCCAAGCUACUCCUGAGGUAGUUGAGAAGCCUGGUGAUAAUUCUUUGUCAAGGCUUAAAAUUUUAUAUACUCAGGCCAAGGAUCUUUCAGAAAAUGAAGUAAAUGUUUCCAACCAGUUGUUGAGUCAACUGGAUCUUCUGCUUCCAUCUGGGCCUCUAGCACAACAACGAAGGAGAAUAGAAGGUAGUGAUCAGAAAAGGAAAAGAAUGAAGAAUGAGUCAGAUAUCUCAAGGCUUUCUCCUUCCAUGAGAAAUCAACUUGAAGCUUGUGCUAGUCUAAAGGGUGAACAGGUAGCAGCUAGGGUCACGGGUAACAAUGCUGAAAAGGAUGAGUGGUUCGUUGUAAAAGUGAUGCAAUUUGAUAGGGAAACGAAAGAAUUUGAAGUACUUGACGAGGAGCCAGGUGAUGAUGAAGAGGGUGGUGGCCAAAGAAAAUACAAGCUGCCCAUGUCAUGUAUUAUACCUUUCCCCAAGAAAAAUGAUCCAUCUAGUGCCCCUGAUUUUCCUCCUGGAAGACAUGUUUUGGCUGUUUAUCCAGGAACAACAGCACUCUACAAGGCAACUGUUGUCAGUCCGCCACGCAAGAGAAAGACAGACGAGUACCUGCUGGAGUUUGAUGAUGAUGAGGAAGAUGGUGCUUUGCCACAACGAGCAGUACCCUUUUACAAUGUGGUUCCCUUGCCUGACGGACACCGUCAAUGAAUCCUUGUUUAUAGUUGUGCAUAAUUAAAGUUGUUGUGUAGUGUUGUCCGCCAGACAAUUCUCCCCUUCUUCCUUUCAACUAAAAGGGACACACUGAUGUAGCAAACUCCUUCCUCAUUUGAGCUAUAAAAGUAGCCAAAUUCAACUUGCUUGAAAA